GAACGGGGGCAACCCGCAGGUAUACCCUGCGGUGGCCUGCCUGCGGUGCGUGAAAACGCAAAGCGCAGCACAGGUCACGACCCACUGCGCCGCGCAGUACGCGCAGUACGCGCAGCACAGCGUCGGAGAUACCAUCUCCUACACAUGGUGUCGACCAUGAAUCUCCAUUCGCUCAAUCUGGACUUUUGCGAGAACCUGGUGUCCUUCAUCACGCUGCCUCCGACCCCUCGUCUGAGCUACCUUUCUGCUCGCAACUCUGGCAUCGCCACGCUCAUGGGGAUGCCAACCAUGAAUCGACUCACCACUCUGGAUAUCACGAACACUCGCAUCACCAAGCUCGACUGCGGUGGUGCGAUGCCAAGGUUGCAAUCCUUGUUCAUGGGCAACACCCCCGUCUUGACUUUUGAGGACGCCCCCGUCUUUGAGGACCUUCGCGUGUUGACUUUCCAGCCCGAUAUGCUCAACCCCAUGGGUCGUCUGUCCUUUGUGAAGUUCGCCCAGUCCCAUCCAGACAUGUUCUACUCCUUUGCAUCUGACGAUCGUCACAACGACUCGGAUAGCGAUGAGGAUUUGUGAUUUGUGGUGCAAAUAUACGCAGUGGAAUGGU